GCUCGAGAGUGGAGACGGAGUGAAGGUGAAAGCUACCGCCGCUGGCUACCGUUCUCCGUCCCGCGCGUGGGAAGUGGAAGGUCUCGAUUCUGGACGGCUUGGAGCGUCCACCAUGAGGAGAAGUGAGGUGCUAGCUGAGGAGUCUGUUGUGUGCCUCCAGAAAGCUCUAGCUCACCUUCGGGAAAUCUGGGAGUUGAUUGGGAUCCCAGAGGAGCAGAGACUGCAGAGGACCGAGGUCGUCAAGAAGCAUAUAAAGGAUCUUCUGGAUAGAAUGGUCGCUGAAGAAGAGAGCCUGCGGGAAAGGCUUCUCAGAAGCAUAUCCAUCUGUCAGAAGGAGCUGAGUACCCUGUGCAGUGAGUUACAAGUGAAGCCAUUUCAGGAAGAAAAAGAAACAACUGUCUUGCAACUGGAAAAAGAUUUGCGAACUCAAGUUGAAUUGAUGAGAAAACAGAAAAAAGAGAGAAAGCAGGAACUUAAGCUACUGCAAGAGCAAGAGCAAGAACUCCGAGAAAUUCUUUGUAUGCCUGCCUGUGAUGUGGACAGCACAUCUGUCCCCACCUUAGAAGAGCUGAACCUAUUCCGACAGCGUGUGGCUACAUUGAGGGAAACAAAGGAAUCAAGGCAUGAACAAUUUGUCAACAUUAAGAGACAAAUCAUAUUGUGUAUGGAAGAGUUAGAGCAGACUCCGGAUACAAGCUUUGAGAGGGAUGUAGUGUGUGAAGAUGAAAGUGCCUUUUGUUUAUCACUGGAGAACAUUGCAACAUUACAGAAGUUGCUAAAGCAGCUGGAAAUAAAAAAGUCACAAAAUGAAGCAGAAUGUGAGGGGCUCCGUGCUCAAAUCCGAGAGCUCUGGGAUAGGUUACAAACCCCUGAAGAAGAGCGAGAACCUGUGGCUGCAAUUAUGACUGGGUCAAAAACCAAAAUCAGGAAUGCGUUGAAAUUAGAAUUGGACCGGUUAGAAGAACUGAAAAUGCAAAACAUAAAGCAAGUGAUUGAGACAAUCCGAGCGGAGGUGGCUCAGUUCUGGGACCAGUGUUUUUAUAGCCAGGAACAGAGGCAGGCUUUUGCCCCUUACUAUUCUGAGGACUACACAGAGAACCUGCUCCAUCUUCAUGACGCUGAGAUUAUACGGUUGAGAAACUACUAUGACCUUCACAAGGAACUGUUUGAAGGGGUCCAGAAGUGGGAAGAGAGCUGGAAACUUUUCCUAGAGUUUGAGAGAAAAGCUUCAGAUCCAAGUCGGUUUACAAACCGAGGGGGAAAUCUUUUAAAAGAAGAAAAGGAACGAGCAAAGCUCCAGAAAACACUCCCUAAGCUGGAAGAGGAGUUGAAAGCACGGAUUGAACAAUGGGAACAAGAGCACUCAACAGCAUUUGUGGUAAACGGGCAGAAAUUCAUGGAGUAUGUUACAGAGCAAUGGGAAUUACAUCGGCUGGAGAAAGAGCGAGCCAAACAGGAGAGGCAACUAAAGAACAAGAAACAGACAGAGACAGAGAUGCUGUACGGCAGUGCACCCCGGACACCGAGCAAAAGACCAGGACAGACUCCCAACAAGUCUGGCAAAGUACGCAAGAUGAACACUACCACCAUGUCUAGUGCUACACCCAACAGUAGCAUCCGGCCUGUCUUUGGUGGAUCCGUGUACCGCUCACCUCUGUCUCGACUACCCCCUUCUGGCAGCAGCAAGUCAGUAGUCACUCCUCUGUGUUCUGGAAAGAAGACACCUCGAGCUGCCCGGGUGAGGGCCAACAAGGAGAACCUGGACCUCAAUGGCAGCAUCCUGAGCGGUGGGUACUCUGGCUCGACCCCACUCCAGCACAACUGCAGCAUUAAGUCUGUUGCCAGCACCUAUUCUGAGUUUUCGAAGGACCCGUCCCCCUCUGACAGCUCCACUGUUGGGCUUCAGCGAGAACUUUCAAAGGCUUCCAGAUCUGAUGCUACUUCUCGAAUCCUCAAUUCAACCAACAUCCAGUCCUGAGAAUCCUUGUCCAGUUAGCCACCUGUGGCUUCUGUGCCUAGACUGACGUAUACAGAGGAUGACUUAAUAUGUUUUCAUCAGUUCAGAUGUUUUCAACAACCUUGGGCAGGCUCUGUUAACUGCACCUAACUUAGACAUGAAUACGGCAGAUGGAAAGCCUUCUUUCCAUGUAGUGAGACUUGUUUGGGUCAAGAAGACCCCUUAAAGGCUAGUUAUGAUAGUUAAGUUUUAACAUCUGGUAGCUAGUUGUUUUUUCUCUACCCCAUAAUUCUACUUAAAGAAUGAUCAAGGGGUGUCUUAAUAUUAUAUUGGAAAAUGAAAAAAAUGAUUAUGCCCAGCUUUGGAGUACAGGGGUACGAGACAUAAAGUGGUUCUAGCUUAUUGACUUGAUACAUCUAAAAAAAAAAAUUCUUUUCACUCAUGGACAUUUGAUUAAUGCUGUAGCUCUGGAAGCUUGGAUCUUACCCAGAGGCCUGUGCCUGGCUGCACGAGCCCAGUGAGGAUUUCUUGGGUUCCAGCAUUUGAGAUGGCCUGACCUGCUGCCAUCUCAGUAGUAGUUGUUUCUGUAGUGCAAUCUCUUGAGGGGUAUGUGAACACACAUGCUUGUCUGACCUGCUCAGUUUUUCUCCAGUCUCCCAUCCCUGUGCUCACUAGGCCGAGUCUAUUCCCUGUAGAUGACAACCAAAUAGGCUAUCUAGGUGGGUUGGGCCAUUUCUGUCACGGACUCAGCAACUUUGCACAUCCACAAGUUAUCUCUGUAACUGCGUCCACAAUGAGGCUUUCUUUGCCUACCCAAUUCAUCACUACUCUUCCCAAAAGCACUAUUAUUUAUUCUUUCUCUGUCUGUGCCAGUUCUGCCAACACAUUAAAAAUGAUUCUUUAAAACUU